AUGGACGACGACGUCAAGGCAGAUCGGAAAGCACUUUACCAACGCCUCCAUAUGGGUGGAGUUAUCGAUUGGGCUAUUGAUCUAAAGGCUUCGGCGGCGAUACCAUUGCGUCCGGCCGCUCCGCAAACAUCGUGUAGCCCUCCCCCGAGCAUCUGGGACUCCACCGAUUGGUUGACGGGCUGUAUUCCUCCCUGCAUCGUUGUCUUCCCACCAUAUCCACUCAGUGUCACUCACAAUGUGACCAGCUGGCCAGCUUUGACAACCGCGCUCCUUUCUUCUGACGUAGGCGGCGGCGGCGUCUACGUGAAGACGACGACAAUCCCCGUCCCAAUCUUCACCACCACAGAUGUCAGUCUUCACCCCGUGACACUGCAAUCGACAGGCACGGCAAACUACUAA